AUGAUCAAAACAAGCUACCUUAUCCGAGUAUCUGCGAUUGUCGCGACGCUAGCUUAUCUGGCCAGCAGCGCCCCGGACGACGGCGAGCACGGCCACCUUUUCCGACAGCUGUGCGAGCUCGUCAACCUAGCAGAGCGACCAGCUCCGGCAAAAAUCACAGAUGCACAAGCGCAGGUUUCUUAUCUGGCCAUUGCGAAGCUCAACGCCUCCGUAGCACCGCAGAGUUGGCGCGACACAAUCGCAAGCAAAACCGAGGGAGCGGCGCACAAACAACAGAUCGCAUCAGCACCCGCACAGCCAGCAGCUCCGGACCCCAGAGAAGAGUACUGGAAACAAGCAGCAGCCGCGGUCAAAGACAGCGAUACAAGACGACAGAUUUUACAGACCGCGGGACUGGCCGACGUAACGGAAGAACAGCUAGCAAACUACAGAAGGCAGCUAAACCCGAUAGCGGAACACGCUUUUCAAGCGCUGCAACACGUCACACAACUAGCGACCGGUCCCGAAAAGGACAAAGCAAACGAUGCACUCAAAGCGCUGAAGAUCGCCGCCUACGGCCGUGACGAUUUUACCCCCGCCGGUGCGAAAGACACCGACUGCAAAGGCCAGGGAGGCACCGGAACGACCAGACAAUUGCUGUGCGGAGCCCCAAACACUGACGCCAAAGCAAACACAAUAGCACAGUUUAUGCUGUGCGUUUGCGGAGUCGACGGCACCGACAACAACAAGCUCUGCGAAAGCAGUCAGUCGUCAACGGCAUUCAACCCGAGCAGCACACCGGAGCAAGUUCUAAAAGAUCUUCUAAGCAAGUGCCCACAACCAUCGCCCAAAACGCCAGCCACGGCAGCCGAAGUACAGGCAAAAGCAACAGCAUUAAUCAACGCAUUCCAACAGAAAGGCAAAGACACUUACUACGGCUUUUACACCGGAACAGGUUGCUCAGGGAAAUCGAACCAAGGCAUCUGCGUGAUGUACAAAGCAGGAACAAAGCAGGAACUGGAAACUCUAGCAACUCACCCAUGGCUAAGCCAACUGCAGACAGCAGCCAAGCUGCUACAUGAACACGAACAAGCUCUGUCGAAACUAGCAGCCGUGGAGCAGACCAUAGCGGCAGCGGCGAAAACAGCCUACGCACUAAAAUCGGCAGCCAUCACCGAUGAAAGACACAGCCCAGCCUCGGAACAAAAGCAGCAAGCAGACAAGACCGAGGAAAAACAGCCGACAAACAGCAACUGCAGCGACACAGCAAAGAAAACCGCAACAGAAUGCAAAAGCCUUGGCUGCGAACAUGACGAAAAGGAAAACGAGUGCAAACCUAAAGCAGGAACAGAAAACACAGCAGCAGCAGCAGGAGGGGCAGAAGACCCUAAUUGUGGCCAGUAUACGGACCCCGACACAUGCGCCAAGGCCCCAGGAAAAAAGAAGGAGGGCAAAAACGCUGUUUGCGGUUGGAUUGAAGGAAAGUGCCAGGAUUCCUCUAUUCUCCUAAACAAGAAAUUCGCCCUCAGCAUUGUUUCUGCUGCAUUUGUGGCCUUGCUUUUUUAA